AUGAUCCAGUGCCCAGUGGUGUUCUUGCCGUCGCCGGAUCCAGUGGCAUUGCGUGGUUCUUUACAAGUGGGAAGUUUCUCCCUCAAGGGCGUGAGCACCAUGUGGCGCCUGCGGCAAUUGACCGCUUGCCCCGAGCAGCACGAGCCAUCACGAUCUCCUCUUCGGCUGCUGCGCAACAUGUCGCUGCCUUCGCCAGGUGCUGCAUCCAUUGAGCUUCUUCCCGAAGUUGUUCUGUUCUUCAGCGAGGAUGUCUUCAUCGGCCGAGGGAAGGCCUUGCUGAGGGAGGUCGAGAAGCUUGCAGGGGGAGCUAACGACGAUCCAGAUCAGCUACGGGAGUUUACUCUUCAUCUUUCGGCGAUGGCCAACAGAGCAAGCUAUCAAGUCACAACACCACUGUUGCCGUUGACAGUUUACGAAGUGGUUUUGGAGCCGGGCGCCGUGGAAGACGCAGACGGCUGGGCUUUUGCAGGCUUCCAGGACAAGAGCUACACCUUCAGCACUGGCUUAUUCCCAGUGCCUGUGAUAGCGCCUCUGGCGAGUACUUCUCUGACGGAGGAGUCGCUCGACACCAUGACUGUGUCAAGCAGAAGAAAGGGGAUUUCGUCCUUCGCAAAGCUUGUGGAUGGAGAGCGGGUGUCGCAGUUCUGUGUCAUGGGUGCACCAGUAGCUCUGGCCGAGUUCGCGGAAGCUCUGCGUUAUUCGUCGGCUCUCCAUUGGUCCGGUAAUGAGCCAAUGCGAAUCACAAUUGCUGCGGCUUAUGAUUCGCGAGUGGUGCACUCGGCAGCUGAGAGUUGGAUAUUAGUUCAGCCGACGAACGACCUCCCUCACAUCACCGCUGAUGAAGUGUCCUUCCAGGUGCAGGUUGGGAGAAGCGUCGCCAUCACGGGAAUCAACAUUUCAGAUCCUGAUGCCGGCGAUCAGACACGAUGGAUGACUUUGCUGGUGGCAGCUUCGACCGGACGCCUAUACUUGGAGCCAUCCUUCAAAGUGGAACCAAACGGCACACUCGAACCACUCAAGGGACGCUUGGACGGAGACUUUGCCCUCCGUGUGCAAGGAAGCGGGCCUGAUUUGCAAGCUUUUGUUGAUGCAUUGCGCUUCAGCACAGAAGCUCCUGCGAAACCAUACCUGGAGCCGCUGCCUCUUGACCAACCGCGGACCGAGGCGAUUGUCUCGUAUAUCCUGUCCGACACCAUCGGGCCGCAGGCUGGUGCUUUGCGAUGGCACCAGGUGGCGGGAAAGGUCGUCAACCCGGAAACUUCAGCACCCAUCGAAGACGUAGACGUUGUCCUGAUUGCCAGAGACAAGUGGCAUGACUACGAAGGGUAUGAUGCUCUCGCUGGAUGCGAUGCCGAAAUCACCGGACUUAGUGUUGAGGAGUGCAAGACUCACGCUGUAACCAACAGCUACAUUGCCUUCAGCUAUGGCCUUUAUCAAGCGGGUGGUUCAAAGGCCUGUUGUUUCAAGACCGCCGAUGCGGAGACCAUCUUAACGAACUUAGUGGCUGAUGCCAAUGUCGACGUCUAUGUUUUCCAACCCGGAGGUUAUUCUGUUCACACCAAGACCACUGAGCUGGGGAUCUAUGCUGCAAUCAUGCCAACUGCUCCAGCAGACAUCUAUUUUGCGAAGACUCUUCACGCAACGCGAUCUCUUUCUGUUGACGUCCAAGACAACAUCCAAGUGGGUGGCCUUGCAGACAUCUACUUACAAGCUCUCGCGGUCGUGACCAUCUGGAGGUUUGAGGUGGAUUGGAAGUCAUCCACGCCGGUGGAUCUUGACGCCCACGCUUUCGAUGCGUGGGACUGCCACACCUACUUCGCAAACAGGCAGUGUCAGCAUGACGGGAGUCAUGGGCUCACCGUAACCUUGAAUCGCGACAAUCGAGAUGUGUUGCACGGCCGGGAGGUGAUCACGGUUCACCAGUGGCCUUGUGAUUCGGACCAAGCAACGAUCGGAGGUUACAGAGACGUCUGGAGCUGCUUGGCCCAUUUCUGGGUGCAGAUCUUCUCGGAUCAUGGCUUCAGCGACGUGGAGGGCACCGUUAGCGUCUUCCGGGGAGGUGUGCUGAUCCAGGAGGUGCAACUUCCAGCAGCCAAGCAGCCAGAUAGCUUCUGGAUCGGCUUCGUCUUGGAGCUUCGGCGAGAUUUGAAGCAACUGCCUCUUUUCUUUGUUGGUCUUUGGCCGUCCUGUUGCAUAUGA